GUAGUUAACCAUACCUAUCAGAUAGAUCAUCAUGAGUGAAACUGUGGAUUGGAGCCCUUUGGGCGAUGUUACUUAUCAAAAGAAAACCAUCUAUCCAUCUAUGAGAUGGAAUCAAAAUAUUGAUUUGUCAAAGAAUCUUGUGGCUAUUUCUCAAUGUGGAGGUCUGAUUGCUACAAUGAAAGAUGAGAACUUAACGGGCCAAGGUACUGGAAUAAAUCGCCCAAUUUUGAGUGUGUACAAUGCUGCAGGAGAGGGAAUUGGAAGUUGUCGUUGGAAUAGCGGACUGGUGAUUGGGCUGGCCUGGACAAACUUGGAAGAUUUGUUGUGUAUACAAGAUGAUGGAAGAGUCCUGAUUUACUCCAUGUUUUGUGAGUUCAUAAAGGUAAUUGAAAUGGGAGUGGAAUCUUGUGAAAGCAAAGUUCUGGAUUAUCGUACCUUCAUGAGUGGAUAUGGUACUGGUUUGGUUGUCCUCAAUGGAUUAUAUCGAUUUUAUCUUGUGAACAACAUUUAUGAUAUCAAACUGAAAAAACUAGCAGAUACACCUGGAUUGAGAACAGCUCCAAGCAGUUGGUGUGUUUUGGCAUCGGAACGAGACCCAAGAAUACUUGUUUCAAAUGAGAAUGAAAUAUAUUUGUUGAAAUGUGGAGGUGAAUGUUCCUUGCAGUUUCCCACAAGCAUGCAAUCGAAAGUUACAUCAUAUAUCGAAAUGGCAGCUUCUCUCAAUGGCAAGCAUGUUGUUUUAUACACCGAUGCAGGCAUAAUGUGGAUGGGUUCUUCUGAUUUUCAAGAAAAAUAUUGUGAGUUCAACACAAAUAAUAAUAGUCGACCAAGACAGCUUCUGUGGUGCUGUGAUUAUUCUUCAUCAAGAACUGUCAAUUCAGACAAAAAUGAAACUAUAAGUUCUGCAGUUGUCGUGUACUGGCCAAGACUUGUACUUCUUGUUGGAUUGAAAAAGGACUGGGUAAGAUUUGCUGUUGAUGAACCCCAGGAUGGUAUGCCUUCAAAUCACCUUCAAUUGGAUCUUGAUGGAGUUCACAUGUUGUCUUCCCAAAGACACGAGUUUUUACAGAGAGUGCAAACUGAAUCUGAGGGAAUAUUUAAAAUUGGAUCUAUGGCUUCUGGUGCAUUGCUUCAUGCUGCAGCGAAAGAAUUCAAAAAGGAGAGUCAAAAAGCAGAUGAAUACAUGAGGAUGCUGCUUGAAAAACAGGAACUGCAAUCUGCUAUUGAACAAUGCAUAUUAGCUGCCGAAUCAGAGUUUGAUUCAGAAUCUCAGAAAUCACUUUUGCGAUCAGCAUCUUUUGGCAAAGCAUUUUAUCCAGAUAUAAGAAUUACGGAGAUGUUUGUUGAUGUUACUCGUACUUUAAGAGUACUCAAUAACAUCAGAGAGGGAAGAACAGGGAUACUUCUCACUUCAAAACAACUUGAUUUUCUUACUGCUGGAACAGUUAUUGAUCGUCUCAUUGCAAGACGACAAUUUGCAGUGGCAUAUCACAUCUGCAAGUUUCUUCGUAUCCCAGAAAACCAGGGAUCAAGUCGUGUACUGGCACAUUGGGCCUGUUAUAAAGUGCAAAAAGCUGACAUGGAUGAUGAUACCACAGCAAGAGCUAUUAAAAAUAAAUUAAGAUCUGCAAAAGGUGUUUCUUAUGCCAGUAUUGCUGAAAAAGCUGUCAAAUGCAAAAAAAUGGAUUUGGCCGUAAAGCUUUUGGAAUAUGAGCAACGAGCUUCUGAGCAGGUAAGGCUUUUAAUUGCUCUUGGACAACAUGGACUAGCUUUAGAAAAAGCAGUGAUCAGUGGAAACACAGACUUAACAUAUGAAGUGAUUGGCCAUUUGAGAGAGCGUAGCAGUCUUUCUGAUUUUCUGAUGACUGUUCGUCAACACCCCACUGCUUAUCGACUAUAUCUGAAAUCAUGCAAAGACCAAAACCCAGAUAUGUUGAAGCAUCUUCAUGAGCAAGAAGACAACUUUUUAGAACUUGCUCAUUGUUAUGUAAGAGAAAGCUAUGGAACAUUCAGUCCAGAAGACAGAAUAGUAUCACUGCAAGAAGCACAUCAAAACUUUUUGAAAGCAAAAGAUGAGUUCGGAGCGAAAGCAUCAGAAGAUCAAUUGAAACUUAUAAGACAACAGACAUUGCUGGAAGAAGAAAGUGAGCAAUCGUAUGUUGAGACUUCAAUUCACGACACAUUGAACAAUCUCCUGUUGUCUGGGAAUGUCAAGAAAGCAGAUCAAUUGCGCAAAGAAUUCAAAGUUUCUGAUAAACGAUGGUGGAUUCUACGCAUUACUACUUUGGCACAGCUAGGCCAUUAUCAAGAAUUGGAAAGCUUUUCAAAGAGUAAAAAAUCACCAGUUGGAUAUUUGCCGUUUGUUGAAGCAUGUGCUAACUAUGGUGCAUAUCAUGAGAUUGGAAAAUACAUAGGAAAAGUGGCUCAGGAUCAACGUGUACUCGCACUCAUCAAAGCUGGCAAUAUAAAGCAAGCUGGUGAUCUUGCGAUGCAAACCAAAAAUACAAAUGACCUUGAUUUAGUCUUGAAAAGAUGUGGAGUAGAAAAUAGAGACACUGCAGAACGAGUGGUUGCAAUGUUAAAUCAACUACAAAGAUAGACUUGAAUAAAUAAGUUAAUAAAUAAUAAACUGUGCAAUAUUGAUUUGAAAAAUAGUAAAUGCUUUUUGCAAAUAUGUUCAAUGUCAUCAAUUUUAUAUUAUGGUUCUGUAUCAUAUGAAUGGAUGGUCAAACUUUUGAUUCACAGAAAGCUAAUUGAUUAAAAACUAUAUUCUUUAUGAUGAAAACACUGAGACUACUAUAAUAGCUAAUUAUUCUGAUUGAGUGGUUGAUAAUUUGUAUCUGUUCCAUUUUGUUGUGGGAUUCUCCAGAUAAAAAUAACUUACAAUUAUAUUUCAAUAAUUUCAUAUUUUCUUGUGCAUUCUAUAUGACAG